AGGAGUGAAUGGUCUCUGUAAAAAUACAUGGAAUUGAUGAAAGGGGAAAGGCUCAGGGCUGGACGAAACACGAUAGUUUUUUCAAUGUGUAUUAUAGGCAAACGUGUAGCGGAAUUAUCGAAGUUGUCCUAUUUAUGAAGGCACAUGGAUGACGCGUUCUUCCGUUUUGUUAAGUAUACAUGCGAUUGGUGUUUUCGUGUUUUUUUCUUGUUAUUUUAGUCAGAGAGAGAUAGCUGUAUUCAUGCCUAGAGGAUUGGAAUGAAUGUCCGCCAUAUUCUGCUUUACCACGCCCGGGAGUCGAGCGAUUGGAAAUAAAGCGGACACGUUUAUUCAUGUAUUUUUUCAUCAAACGGAUGAUAUGAUAGGACUAUAUUGGACGUAGGAUAUGAAGACAUGCCUUUUAAUAAAAUAUGUAAAAAGGAUGACUGGGUAAGAAUGACAAUACUUAUCACAUAAAUACUACGGACGGAUCUGUUGAUCAUCUUUAGAAGGAAAAUCACACCUCUCAUUACCCAAUUAUAAUUUUACUAACAUUUAGUUAACUCCCCGAGCCACUGUCUUCUGACUGACAGACGGUCGGAAAGGACACGAAACGGGGGAGGGCAACACAAAUAUACAUUUUCCUUUCCCCACAUCUAGGCUAUGUUCUAUUUAUAUUAAACGCGUCCAUGUUUUUUCUGCAGCUGUGAGGGCGUGAUAUGAUAUUCGUUAACUUUUAUAAUUUAUUGCAACUGGAAUCUGCAUAAAGAAGCAGGAAAGGUGAUUUUAAAAGAAUGACCCUGGACUCCAUAAUGGCGUGUUGCCUCAGCGAGGAGGCGAAAGAAGCCAGGCGGAUCAACGACGAGAUCGAAAGGCAGCUCCGCCGGGAUAAGAGGGAUGCUCGGCGGGAAUUGAAGCUGUUGCUUCUCGGUACUGGAGAGAGUGGGAAGAGCACCUUCAUUAAACAGAUGAGAAUCAUCCAUGGCACAGGCUACUCAGAGGAGGACAAGCGUGGCUUCACCAAGCUGGUGUACCAGAACAUCUUCACUGCCAUGCAGUCUAUGAUCCGUGCCACAGAGACCCUCAUGAUCCCUUACAAAUAUGAGCACAACAAGGGCAACGCUAACGUGGUACGAGAGGUGGACGUGGAGAAAGUCAACACGUUUGUGAACCCCUACAUAGACGCCAUCAAAUGUUUAUGGAAUGACCCGGGCAUCCAGGAGGCUUACGACAGGAGACGGGAGUACCAGCUAUCGGACUCUACCAAAUAUUACAUGAAUGCGCUGGACCGGAUCGCAGAGACCUCUUACCUGCCCACCCAGCAGGAUGUGCUGAGGGUUAGGGUCCCCACUACAGGCAUCAUCGAGUACCCCUUCGACCUCCAGAGUGUCAUCUUCAGGAUGGUGGAUGUGGGAGGUCAGAGGUCAGAGAGGAGGAAGUGGAUCCACUGCUUUGAGAACGUCACAUCCAUCAUGUUUCUGGUGGCACUCAGCGAGUAUGACCAGGUGCUCGUAGAAUCCGAUAAUGAGAACCGAAUGGAGGAGAGUAAAGCCUUGUUUAGGACCAUCAUCACAUAUCCCUGGUUCCAGAACUCCUCUGUCAUCCUCUUCCUCAACAAAAAGGAUCUAUUGGAGGAGAAGAUCAAUUACUCCCACCUGGUUGACUACUUUCCGGAGUAUGACGGUCCCCAGAGAGACGCCCAGGCAGGCCGCGAGUUCAUCCUAAAGAUGUUUGUGGACCUGAACCCGGACAGCGACAAGAUCAUCUACUCCCAUUUCACCUGCGCCACGGACACAGAGAACAUCCGCUUCGUCUUUGCCGCCGUCAAAGACACCAUCCUGCAGCUCAACCUGAAGGAGUAUAACCUGGUGUGAAAGCCAUAGAGUUAGAAUCCUAGAAGGGACUUCUUCGGCAUGAGCGGAGUGCGACUGGGGCCGAGACCCUUCUCCAACAUUGACUGACUGAAUGUCAAACUGACUGUCAAAACAAACAUCUAAUGGUUGCGUGAUACUAAUUUAUUGCCAUUGUUGACCCUUCCUUUCUUUUUUCUAUUUAAAAGAAAAACAUGAUUGAGGGUUUAGGGGGUUGAAAUGUCGCUGUUGGAUAUGUACAGCACAGUUCCUCCAAUUGUUUUAGGCUAAGCGUUGUGACGUUUUGUUUUUAAGACACUCAAUGUGGUGUCUGGGUUCUGUCCAAUACCUCUGAUCUUGAUUCCAAGGUGCUCCUGCCUUUUGCUUUUCUGAUCCGACCCAGUCGGUCCAUUCCAUCGCCAGUGUAGCGUCCUUUUUUCUUCCUAACACUUAUUUUCCUCAGAAAGGGUGAAAAGGGUUGAUACUGUGAUUUUUUUAAAAUUAUUGUUUUGGAUUAUUGCAUCAAAUUAUUUGGUACCAUUUGACGUGGGAGUCGUUUGAGCCACACAGCAGGGCAGGAGGUCAUUUGUAUAACUGGGCUAUGGAGUGAGCACCAUGAUACUCAUUGUCCAUCACAGGCCCCAGGGUCAGGAGAGGUUAUUGAUGAGUGUUGAAGUCACGCUGUGCCACGCUCACUUUUUAAGGUCCUAUUUGUUGCCGAUGCCAAAAGGACUUACAGUAAGGUUAACUCGAGGCUCCCCUUCGCGCAGUUAACUAGAAAGAGUAUUGGAGGCAAGACGGGACACAGCCUUUUGAAGGCACCAAGAGUUAACAUUGCACACGUGACCAUUUUAAACUGUUUUCCCCAUUUUUGGUUAUACUUUUCUCCCCCAUCUCGUAUUCAUUGUUGAAUGCCAAAACCACCUGUUUGAGUCAGUAUGCCAAGCCUGACAAAACACACAUUCACUGGAGUCCAUAGGGUUGUUGUGUUGUUAAUGCCAAAUUGAGUGGCCAAUAAUUUUGUGGUCAUUGUGUGGAAAUGAUAAUACUAUUGACAGUAGCAGCUGAACCCCUCUGGUGAUCAGUUGUGAUUAUAUGGUUGGUUUUAUUCCAUAGGCCCUUUUUAUCCAAGUCUUGGGUUUGGUACACCUCACACAGUAUGAAAUGGUUAUUUUCUUUUGACCAGACGUAAACGGGGACCAGGGGGAUGGAGGACCUUGCUCUAUUACUGAUGGGUCACACAGAUUCAGUUGUGAGAAUAUGCCUUUGACAAGGGCUCUUCUCUCGUAGAGGGGCAGCUAGUCUUCUCUCACUGUCUGGACUGAGCUAGACCACCGCAAAGGCAGCUGUGGCAGCCAAUCACAGUGCCAAUGUCUCACAUAGACUGAGCAAUCACAAUGCAGCUCUGUCCUUUUGAUUGUCCAAUCACAGUCCAGCUGUCCAACUGUUUUAGUUUGUUAGCAGUGGAGAUGAUUAGCUGUUUCCCACGUUAAAAGAGGCAGAGCAUUGAGCAAUGUACCAAAGUAAGCCCUCACUUCUGAUUGAUUGGCUCCAGUGGCUCUGACCCCCAGUUAUUUCUCUGAGUAUAUAUGUUUUUUGUAACAAUUCCCCAAACAUAACCCUGUAAUUUACAUUUUAUUGAGGUAUAGUGCAAUUAUGAAUGCUAUAAU